CAAAAAGGAAGAGACGACCCUCAUAGUGGAGGAUUAUUGUUGCUCUGUCGGUGAUACAAAAUCUAAAAUAUGUGCAAGGGAUUAGCUGCUCUGCCACAGACAUGUCUGGAGCGGGCUAAAGAAAUUAAGACUAAGUUGGGAAUCCUGCUCCAGAAGCCUGAGAACAGCAUUGACCUCAUCCUCCCAACCCCUGAAAAGCCUGAGAAAAAACCCGAUAAGCUCCAAAAGCCAACCCCUGAAGAUGCCGCACAAUGGCGUGAAUCUCUGGAGCACGUCCUCAGCAACACUUAUGGCCUUGCUACAUUCAGAAGCUUUCUGAGGUCUGAGUUCAGUGAGGAGAAUAUUGAGUUCUGGAUGGCUUGUGAGGACUUUAAAAAGACCAAGUCCCCUCUGAAAAUGGCCACCAAAGCCAAGAAGAUUUACGAAGACUUCAUUCAGACUGGUGGACCCAAAGAGGUCAACAUUGACCACUUCACCAAAGAAGUGACCCUGAGGAAUCUGGUUGACCUGUCUUCUGCCACCUUUGAUCUGGCUCAGAGUCGCAUCUACUCCCUGAUGGAGAAGGAUUCCUUCAGCCGCUUUCUAAGAUCCGAGCAGUACCAAGAACUCGUCAAGUAAACAAAGAUCCAACGGCAGCGAGACGGCACGAAUAAUUCCAUAACCAGGGCUUGAAAUUAAUUUUAAGGUCCAUCUUAGUUUUCCAAAUGAUUAGCAUUACCACAAGCAAUUAAAAAAACUUGUUUGUUUCUA